AUGUACUCUCCGAAAAAGCAACAAAUUGAAAUAUGUUUACUCAAAUAUGGUCUAGAAGAAAUAGAAAAUAAUUUAAUUCAACAACGUUCUGCUAUACCGGCGUUGGAUGAUGAAAAUGAAAAGAAAUACCGCGAAACGCUGACAGCAUUACGUACGGCGCGAUCCCUUAACGAGGAAAUGGAGCGCCUUAAGCAAGAGAACGUUCGUCUCACAGCCAGACGGAUGCAAGUAAAGCGACAGGCUGAUGACGUCACAGAGGCCCUACAACAAGCACGUGAUCGACGAAACUCACUCGAGCAAGAGACGCGUAAAGAGGAACAUGACACAGAGUUACAUGUGUACUAA